UGGGGCAUCAUCUCCCACCGUCCCGCGGGUCGCUGUGUCUGGGGGCCGGCGGGCCAUUGCCCCGGGGCCGAAGGGCGCUCGGCAUCCACCGGGGAGGGACCUGCCAGCUCCUGAUCCUGCAUUUCAGCAGAACCAGGCUUUGAGCGAACGCCAAGUGCAGGGGAGACUCCGCAGAGCUCGGGCCACUCUCUGAUCACAGCCCAGCCCAGCCCCUCGGCAGCUUGAGGGGAACACAAGCACCUAGAUCUCGGGGAAAGAGCGCUUCCGAGGUUCUCAAAUACAGCUGUGCAUUUCCACCAGCCGUGGGUCCAGCCUGGCACCUCGCAGACACUGCCCGGAGAAUUUCACACAAUGAGCAAAAAUCUGGAACCGGACUAUUAAGGCUCCGACUUAAAAGCAGAAAGGAAAGGCAGCUGGGAGAGUCCGGGCUCUCCCCUUAACUCACCGCAUGCGGAGGUCUCCGGCGCUCAGCAAUGACUCUGGUGCUGUCCAUGCAUAGAUUCUGCGAUCCCAUUGUCUCGGGAGGAGCUGCCGAGAUCGCAGAGUACCAGACUCUGUGGGAGUCGCACUGUGGCAGCAAGAUUAGCCCCUCGGAUCCCAGCCAGGCUCAGCAGCAGGGAGACAGGGCACCAUGUCAUUCUCUGGCAGGAUCACAUUACAGGGGAAUUUCAAAUCCUAUAACAACAUCCAAGAUCACAUACUUUAAAAGGAAAUAUGUGGAAGAAGAGGAUUUUCAUCCACCACUCAGCAGCUGUACGCGUAAAACAGUUUCUGUUUUUGAGGAGCGGGCACACAUUCUUUACAUGUCUUUGGAAAAACUGAAAUUUAUUGAUGAUCCUGAAGUCUACCUACGGAGAUCUGUCCUCAUAAACAAUUUGAUGAAGAGAAUCCAUGGAGAAAUUGUCAUGCAAAACAACUGGUGCUUCUCUGCUUGCUCUUUUGGUGGUCCCUCAUCACAAGAGUGGUUUAUGACUCAAGACUGUUCUUAUAGAAAACGUCUCCGGAUGGCAAAAGAGGAGUGUGAAAAGUUCCAUACUUGCUGCUUUUAUCAAGAAUGUGGCAGUCACUAUUUAAAUGUACCCUUCUCUGUUAAUACAAAUGGGGAGAAUUCUUCUUCCUCUUCUUCCUCCUCCUCCUCCUCUUCCUCCUCCUCCCCUAUAUCUUUGCCAAGUUGUUCCCACCAGGUGGAUUAUGGCAUCGACAGUGCCCUUGUUUACAGGCGUGAUGACCAGAUUCUUGCUAACGAAAUAUUCAUUACUAAUGCCAAGUCUCAUGGUAAUCAGGAAAAGGCAAAAUUAAAUGAUGAGAAAGGAGAUAACGAAACUGAUCAAGCUGGUAUCACUCUAAACUGUGAACCUAUGAAAGGCGACCUUGCUCUUGAAUGUAAAGGCAAAUUUUAUGAUUAUUUUGAGACUGCAUGUAAUGACAAGAGCAACAUAAAUGAAUCUUGGAAAAAGUCCUUAAGGAAAAAGGAAUCUUUACCAAGUAAUAAAAUGUGCUGCAGCAAAGGAAGUAAAAUAUGACCCAUCUUUUUUGCUGUAACUUUGAAGCAUGCACAGCAUGUUAUCUAUCAACAUUUUAUUUGGAAUGGAUUUUUUUAUAGUUUUGUACAACUGACACAAUCAUGCCACAAACGUUGCAUAUAGUUUUAAAUGACUGGAGAGCAGAUUGCAUAAAGCAUCUGUAUGAUCUGCAUGAGUGAGCUAUUUAUAAAUAUGGAGACUUCAUAAAGAGCACAGUUGAAUUACUGCUUACAACUAUAGUUUAGCUUUUGUUGCUGAAAAUACCAAUAAAACCAGAUGGGGAAAACAUAUCCUUUUAUAUAUGCCCUCCCACAUAGAGUCUGCCAUUAAUUAAGAGGAACCUCCAUUAUGUUUACCAAUUAAUUAGAUGUUUGGUAAACAAAUUGAUAUUACCAGCAAGGGUGCUCCGCUUCCUGUAACACAAUAUUUGUUGUGACAAAAGACUGGAUACUAUGGACUGGGAUUAAACAGUUUCUACACUCUCAUACUGACACUGUUAAAUUCACAUAUUUAACAGUUUUGUACAACUGACAAAGCUAGGAUGUAUUGUGAGGAAAUACCUUUUUAUGGGCUCUUAACCAGAAAUACCACAUACAGCUCAAUCACUUGCACAUUUUUCAGCUCAGCUGUAAUAAUUAAUCAGGCUUAUGAUGGUUUGUUAUUAUACAGGGCAGGUUUUUUGGUGCCUUACCUUUUAUCUUAAUUGUUGCCAGCGUGAAAAUUAAGGAUAAAAUCCGAGCUGCAGCAGGGAUUUAUUAACCUAAACGGAAAAAAACCAGGAUGGAUCAAUAUUAUUAGAAACCUGUAAUCUUUGAAAUACUGAGUUCGACUUUGUAUUCAAACAUUGCUAUUCUUUUUUGAUGCUCUAUUGCUUUUUGAUUUGCUAUCCUUAGGAAGGAAUUUAAGAAACAAUAGAGAGAGACCUGUCUUGUAAACAAGCACUAGAUGCUUGAGCAUUUCUAUGGCAACUGUCUGUUGCUGAGGAUCUUUUUUUUUUUUUUUUUAAUUCUUCCAUAUAAUGAAGUUCUUGAACCAAUGGCAUGCUUUAUACUUUAUUCUGUUUAGCAUAAUUUCUCUCUUUUAGAUUGCAAAAGUGUGUGGGGGUUUUCUAUGACUUUUGCUGUUGAUUUAAAACAAAACAAAAAGCACAAUGUUAAUAAAUAAUGUGGCGAUAAGAUUUUAUCUGAAAUAAAUGUUUUAAUUUUAAAAAAGAUUAUUUUGGAGAAACAGGGCUUGAAGUUUCAAUGAUUAAAGACAAAAUUUGGUCAUGCUUAGGUACAUCAUUUUAAAAUGCACAUUUUUUAAAACAUACAUAUUACAUUUUUCAGGGGGUGAUUAAGAAUAUGCUGGGUUCUGGACCCACCUAAUUUUUGGAUUUCAUGUCCACCUGGACAACUGUGGAUGUGCUGUGCAUACCAGCCAAAUCCAAACCAUAGAUGACACCUUAUUGCUGCCUGUCCCUGCCUGGGAUGUUGUGAAUGCAAACAAUAGCUCUUUCUCGUUGGUUCUUGCCUCAGGAACAAUUAGCUGUGCUCAUGCUGUCCAUUGUUUACUAAGGAUGAAAUUCACCCCUGUGAAUGGAAGCAGCCCAGUUCCAGAUUGGGUGUUAGUGGGAUUUAAGGAGUGUACAGACCUUGUGCUGGCCCUCUGCACAGGGAUGAAUUUCACUCUAAGUGUAUAGUCUGGCACUCAUUUAAGUCACUGACAUACCUAUGGAGUUUAGUAGUGCAGAAUCAGGUUCUGAUUCACUGCUGCCUUGGGUUCCUCUGAGAAUGUAGGCCACGGAAUCCAAAGAAUCUCUCUUAAUUCUCCCCUGCCAUUAUUUUUCUUGAUGGCAGGUAUUAUGUGUACCCCAUAGUCAAGAUUACAAGGGCAUGUGUCAUCAUCUCCUCUACUGGUCACUCUUGGAAGCUCGCCAACUGCUUUAGCUACGUAGUUAAAUAAAGUUACCUCAAUAUUUGCAGUAUUUCCUACAGGAAGGAUAUUGAAUGCCUAGGGAAUUUUUCAAAAAAUUGAGAUAACUGUUAUUUAGUGAUCUAAGACAAAACCGGCGUGUUUGUAAGGGUUAUCACUGUAACAGGAAUCAAACAACAAAAAGAGAAAAUAUGGAUUACAGCUGAUUUCUCCAAGACAGAAGCUUUUUUAUUAUUAAUAAUAGUAUAAAAUAUAGAUCUCAUUCAUACAGUGUAUGAUAGGAUCAUCAUUUAGGCAUUUGUCCACAAGGACCAAUUAUUUAAAAGCUGAUUUUCUUGUAUUAUAACCAGUUAGUCCAGUAAUAUCUGCUCUUUUUUCAGUUUUUGAUAAACAUUUGAUGUUUUAAGCGUAGAUAUUAGACCCUGUAUGCUAAUGUGUUGUUGUAGUAAAGUGAGGUUUCCUUGGUAUAUAUUAAUUAAAAUGACCCAAAUUCAUUUUGAUUUUACAUCUUUAAUGUCUGUUGGAGUCUUCCCCUAAUCCCGCCCCAAGGAAAUAUCAUUUAAUCAAAUCGUUCCAGUGUUGAAAAGGUUUAAAUUACAAUCAGGUCUUUUACUACAGCUGCAGACCAAUACAGAAGUCUAAACUGUCAAUUUUUAGAACACUUUGGAACAGAAUUUUGAGAUAUGCUGACAAAUGUAAAAGGUUUGUUUGUGGCAUAGGGCUGAAAUCUGGGAUUGCACAGGUAUAGCUACAGACAGAAUUGGGCCAAACUUUGCAACUUACAGAAUUCUCUUCGGGCCCAGUCAUGCAGAGUGGGGAACACUUGUAAGGUGCUGAAUGCCAUCAAGUCCCCUUGUGUUCAGCACUCUGGACAGUCAGGCCCAUCUGAGAAAACGGCAUCCAAUGUAUGAAGCCAUAAUGCUGUGGUAUUAGUUUAUGGGUCUUGUUUACACUCUGUUGAAAUGUGGAAUUAUCUGAAACAAUUCUAUAAUUAUCUCUGUAUAUAUAAUGUAUUUCUAAGCCACCUACCACCUUGGCAUAUCUAAAUGUUGGACAAAAUUAUGACUUAUCAGAAUUUAUACAAAGAUGGUGUUAUUUUAUCCGUUCUCUGAGAACAGCAAUGUGGAUUUAAGUGUUCCUUGAUAUCUUCCCCUGACUCUUCUUUAUAAACUAUGACACGUGCUGAAAGUAAACAUGUAGAACUCAAGAGUGUACUAAACAUUCCUGUUUGUUUUUCAA